UUUCACAUUUUCUCCAAUUCAUAUAUAAACCCACAUCUCCACCCAUUCAUGUCAACCACACCUCAUCUCCUACUUCAUUCUCAUUCACGCAUUUUAACAAACACCUUCAUACCAACUCUCCAAUGGAGUCCUCUGCAACUCUUUCUCUCAAAUUAUCUUCUUCUUCAUCUUCUCUUUUCUCUCCCUCGCAAAACCCUUCUCCCACACGCAAUCUUUUCCCAUGCAAGACCAUCAAAUACCCUUCAUUUUCAUUUAAGUCAAUCAAGUGCAGCACUCUCCGCUCCAAUAACUCUAACAGUAAUGAUUCCAAGCCUAACUUAGCUUGCUCUGCUGUCACUUCUCCCUCUAGUUCAACAUCCACCACCGCGCUAGUGGCUGUUAAGCUUCAGAGUUUGAUCACUGAGUUCCAAUCUUUUCCUGAGCCAGUUGACCGUUUGAAACGUGUGCUUGACUAUGCCUCUACUAUCCCUGUUUUCCCGGACUCGUCUCGGGUUGAUUCUAACAGGGUCAUGGGUUGUACUUCUCGUGUUUGGCUUGAUGCCCAGUUGGAUAACAAUGGAAGAAUGACAUUUUUAGCUGAUAGUGACUCUGAUGUUACUAAAGGGUUCUGUGCUUGUUUGAUAUCUUUGCUGAAUGGAGCUGCUCCUGAGGAAGUUCUGAGUGUUACUACAGAGGAUCUAUCAGCUUUGAAUGUUGGACUGCCUGGUGGGGAGAGGUCUAGAGUGAAUACGUGGCAUAAUGUGUUGGUCAGCAUGCAAAAGAGGACCAAGAAAUUGGUAGCUCAAAGAGAAGGAAGAAAGGAUUUUGAUGAUUCAUUCCCUUCUUUGAUUAUCAAUUCUGAGGGUAUUCAAGCUAAAGGAACUUAUGCAGAAGCUCAGGCGAAAUUUUUGUCGCCGGAUGAGUCGAGGGUUCAAGAACUUGUUGACACUUUAAAGGAAAAGAAUAUUGGUGUUGUGGCUCAUUUUUAUAUGGACCCAGAAGUUCAAGGAGUUCUAACUGCUGCUUCAAAGCAGUGGCCUCAUAUUCAGAUUUCUGAUUCAUUGGUUAUGGCUGAUAAGGCUGUGAAGAUGGCUCAAUCUGGAUGCAAAUACAUUGCAGUUUUGGGUGUUGAUUUUAUGUCUGAGAAUGUCAGGGCAAUUCUUGAUCAGGCUGGAUACGGAGAGGUUACUGUUUAUAGGAUGUCGGAUGAACGGAUUGGUUGUUCUUUGGCAGAUGCUGCAUCUAGCAUUGAUUACAUGAAUUAUCUUGAAGUAGCUUCUGAGACGCCAAAUUCUUUGCACGUCGUCUAUAUUAAUACAUCACUUGAGACCAAAGCUUUUGCUCAUGAGAUUGUGCCUACAGUCACUUGUACUUCUUCUAAUGUUGUGCAGACUAUCUUGCAGGCCUUUUCUCAAGUUCCAGAUUUGAAUGUGUGGUAUGGGCCUGAUUCUUACAUGGGUGCUAAUAUUGCAAAAUUGUUUCAACAAAUGACAUUGAUGACUGAUGAUGAAAUUGCUGAGGUGCAUCCAGAUCAUAAUAGAGACUCCAUCAAGUCACUGCUACCUCGCCUGCAUUAUUAUCAGGACGGAAUGUGUAGUGUUCAUCAUCUUUUUGGACAUGAAGUUGUGGAGAAGAUAAAUGAGAUGCAUUGUGAUGCUUUCCUAACUGCUCAUCUUGAGGUCCCUGGAGAAAUGUUUUCCUUGGCCAUGGAUGCAAAGAAAAGAGGAAUGGGUGUUGUUGGUUCUACUUCAAACAUAUUAGAUUUCAUAAAAGAGAGAGUUCAAGAAGCUCUCGAUAGAAAUGUCGAUGAUCAUCUCCAGUUUGUCUUAGGAACGGAAUCAGGAAUGAUCACUGCAAUUGUCGCAGCAGUUCGGGAUUUAUUCAGUUCUGCAAAGUCUUCCGGGGGACCAAAAGUUAAUGUUGAAAUUGUCUUCCCGGUGUCAUCAGAAGCAAUGACAAGUAAUUCAUCCCCAGCAAAGGCUGGGGAGUUUGUGUUACCUGUCGUACCGGGAGUAGCAAGUGGGGAGGGAUGUUCUAUUCAUGGAGGAUGUGCUUCAUGUCCAUAUAUGAAGAUGAAUUCUCUCCACGCGCUUCUAAAAGUUUGCCAUAACCUGCCUGAUGAGAAAAAUACCCUUGCCGCCUACAAAGCUGAUAGAUAUAAGCAGCCAACUCGAAGUGGGAAAUCAAUUGCUGAAGUCGGAUGCGAACCUAUUCUGCAUAUGAGACAUUUCCAGACUACAAAAGAACUGCCAGAGAAGCUGGUCGAUCAAGUUCAAACGGGAAGCCUAUAUGGCAAGGCCUGAAUGAAAAGCCGCUUCUUAGAAGUUGAAGCGAAGUUAAUAUACGAGUAGAGGAUUCUUAAUUUUCUCCUUGAAAUGAAGAUUUUUCAUAGCAGCAUCAUCUUACAUUUUAGAAGUGAGGUUUCUUCAAUAUGUAGUUGGUGUUUAGUAUAGUUUGAUAUCAAUAUUGUAUUUAGCCUUUUUUUUUGUGAUAAUAAAAACAGGCAUCAGAAUCUAAAGUAAUGUCAGAUUCUUGUGCUGUUGUAAGUGCAUGAUAAAGGGCUCUUCAUGGUUUUCUCUUUGAGCUCCAUUGUUCAUCUUUAUCAAUUCCAAAUAUAUAAUAAAAAAUGUGGUUCUUGCUCAUGAA